AUGUUCGAAAUGAUAUACACUGGGUAUUUUCCCUGUAGCUCCGACAGGGGCGAUGCUAGCCUGGUUGCCUUUAGCGCUUACAUUGUACCGAAUACGGAACCCAAGUUGAAGAUUGAUACAACGAGGGACGUCAAGACACCGUCAGGCGCUUCAAACUCUUCAAUAAUAUCCGCCACGGCUGGAAAGGGCAUCGAAGAUGCCAUGGCUCUGUAA